AAACUUCUCAUUCUUCGCACAGUUGCACAAAAAAAGUGCGAACACAUUUCCCUCGUUGUUGUUAAGAUUUUUUGCGUAUUUUACGCGUAUUGUUACAUAUUUUUAUUUGCAAAAUGUUUUAAGUAGGUUAUCAGUGUCCGUGCUGUUUGCUGUACAAUUCAAUUAGCCGAAAUUCGCGUGUCAAUUAGAUAAAUCCGAGCUUUUCUCGCGGGUCGCCGUCUGAGCGUAGGAAACAGCUUCUGCCCGGUUGUGACAUAAAAAGUGGAUCGAAUCGCUUCGAUGAUAGUUCCCUAGACAGGUCGGCCGCGGAAUGUCGACCUAGUGAUACUUGUCCCCUAGUUCAGUCUGCCCUCGUGGAAUUCUUCUACACGUUAUUGUGCAACUGAUUCAGCCGUUCAAGGACUUUGCCUUGUCAGAUCAAAGGAGUGCUAGCGGAGUCACUUUGUGACGGAAGUGCGGUGGAGUGGAAAGUGUCGAGGCUACAAGCAAGGCUUCUGUGAACAUCCUUGCAUGUGCCAGGGUCGGAUGCAUUGCGGGUUGGACUUGACUGAAAACACCAGAACUACCAUCAACCUCACCAUCAUCAUUACAUAACGAAUACUAUGUCAUCGAAGGCACUGGAAAGUGAGCAGUCAAAGCCGCUUGUUAGCAAUGAUGAUGGCGGGACAUCGGGAAAUGAAUCAUCAUCGGAACAUCAUCCAGGACAAGAUAAUCCCCCUCCAGCAGAACAACGCUUAAUCCAUUCAACAGAAAAUCUAGCACAUCCACCACCGAAUCCAUCUAAUUUUCUGCAGUUACCAAUUUUAACAAUUACCCAUGCAAGCAGCAGUGAUCAAGUGUAUCCACAACAAAAUCACGAGCAACAACAUCAAAGACACAAUGAUCAUCACCAUCACCACAGUAGUAGCAAUUUGGAUGUUUCAGAUGCUACCACCCCGCGACGAUUUAAUUUCGGAUUGCGACGUUUCUCCCAUUCCCAUACGACGCUCAAUCGGUACGGCGACUCUAUGGGUUCACUUGGACAUAGAGCACUUCUGCAAUAUAUCGACUCAAAUGACUUGCCUGGUCUCAAAACCUUCUUAGAUACUCGUCAUCUGCCGGUUGAUGACCGUGAUGAGAAUGGAGCUACCGUACUUAUGAUCGCAGCAGGACGUGGUCUUACGCCGUUCGUUCGUGAAUUUAUUACUCGAGGUGCUGACGUUAAUGCCGAAGACUUGGACAACUGGACGGCGCUGUUAUAUGCCGCUAAGAAUGGCCACUUGGACAUCGUUCAAAUGCUUCUUGAGCAUGAUGCAGAUGUUGAGCAUAGAGACAUGGGUGGCUGGACUGCACUUGUGUGGAGCGCAUACAAAGGGCACACUCAGACCGUGGCUUUACUUCUAGAAAAAGGAGCUGAUAUUUUUGCGCAUGGUAACUACCAUCUGGGGCCGCUAUUAUGGGCGGCCGGACGAGGUCACAAGGAUAUCGUACAAAUGCUGAUCCAUCGUGGUGCGAAAGUCAAUGUUGGAGACAAGUAUGGUACCACGGCUCUUGUAUGGACUUGUCGGAAAGGAAACGUUGAGAUUGUUGAAAUGCUUUUAAAGGCUGGCGCAAAUGUUGAUACUGCUGGAAUGUACUCAUGGACACCGUUACUUGUUGCUGUUUCUGGGGGCUAUCUUGAAAUUGUAACGCUGCUGUUAGAGAAAAGACCGAAUGUAAAUGCUUUAGAUAAAGAUGGUCUGACAGCCUUGGCCAUAGCAGCUAAAGAGGGAUUUCAAGAAAUAUCAACGGCAUUAAUGGCAGCAGGAGCAUACAUCAACAUCCAAGAUCGUGCCGGGGACACACCACUCAUCCACGCUGUCAAAGGAGGGCACAGAGGUGUCGUAGAAGCGUUAUUAAAAAAGCAUGCUGAUGUUGAUAUCCAAGGAAAGGAUCGUAAAACUGCCUUAUACACUGCUGUAGAGAAAGGUCACACGGGCAUAGUAAAGCUCCUUUUGUCAUCUAACCCCGAUCUAGAGUUAUCAACAAAAGACGGUGAUACACCUCUUCUGCGAGCAGUUCGAAAUCGCAAUCUCGAAAUUGUACAACUUUUACUGGAUAGACGCGCAAAAGUCAGUGCUAGUGAUAGGAGAGGUGAUACAUGCUUACAUAUUGCGAUGCGAGCAAGAUCAAAAGCUAUAGUCGAAGCACUUCUGCGAAAUCCUAAGAACAGUCAGUUACUGUAUCGAGCGAACAAAUCUGGCGAGACACCAUAUGCAAUUGACACUCUUCAUCAGAAGACGAUUCUAGGUCAGGUGUUCGGUGCCCGUCGUUUAAAUGCAAACGAAGAUUCUGAAGGGAUGCUGGGCUAUGAAUUAUAUUCCUCGGCAUUGGCGGAUGUACUUAGCGAGCCGACGUUAUCAACUCCAAUAACAGUAGGCUUAUAUGCUAAAUGGGGAAGCGGCAAAAGUUUCUUACUUACGAAAUUACGCGAGGAAAUGAACAAUUUUGCCAGACAAUGGGCUGAACCUCCUGUCAAAGCUCAGUGGCUUUUAUUUGUAGUUUGCCUUCAUAUUUCCAUACUUUUUGGGACAAUAAUAGGUUUAGGGUCAUGGUCAGCCAUUUGGGGUGUAUGCACGGCUGUAAUAUUUCUUCUUGUUGUCUAUUUUAUAAUAAUAAUGAUUAAGUUCCUGGGGCGGAGAUAUGAUGCUUAUUGGGCAUAUUCUUUAUAUCGUGGAAUUGGAAAAAGGAUUGGUCGACUGAGACUAAUUUUGCAGGUAGCAUUCUGCCAUCCGCCUGGUGCUCAAAGUGAUUCACAACCGAAACCAGUACGCUUUCACUUUGCAGAAGCAAGCAGUGCCGCCCCAUCUGGUGAAGGUGCUGUCGGGCACAUGUUGGCGUUACUAUUCGAGGCUGUUGAAUCUCACUACGGAUCGUUAUCAACACGGUUGUAUCGAGCGUUUCGGCCGAAACCGCUCAAAUCUUCUUCAGGGACGCGGCUGCGACGUAUGUGUUGUAUACCAAUAGUGCUAAUAUUCGAAAUAUGUCUUCUUGCGUUGAUCACUGGUAUUGCCUUGAUCGUGGUCUACUUCGCCUAUCCAAAUCAAGUAAAUAGAGAAAAUAUCCUGGUGGCAAUGUAUGUAGUUUUCGCAUUUCUGGCAACGUCGAUAUGUGCAAAUCUACAUAUCUGGGCUAAAGCAGUAACGUCAAUGUUUGUGUCACAAGCGAAGCAGCUAAGAAGAUCCAUAAAGCAAAAUGAAGGAGCACCAUUAACUGCACUGGGUGCAGAAGUUGCUUUGAUGGCAGAUAUGGUUAAGUGCCUGGAUUCAUUCACGAAUCAGCAGAGUCGUCUAGUUGGAAUUGUCGAUGCCUUAGACUCCUGUGAUACUGAACGAAUUCUAUCAGUAUUGAGUUCCGUUCAAACCUUGUUGAUGUCACCGAGCCGGCCAUUUGUUCUUCUAAUCGCUGUUGACCCCCACGUUAUUGCCAAAGCUGCCGAGGCUAAUAGUCGAAGACUUUUCACCGAGGGUGGAAUAGGCGGUCAUGAUUUUCUAAGAAACCUUGUACACUUACCCGUCUACCUACAAAAUUCUGGCUUGCGAAAAGUUCAACGGGCACAAAUGACUGCUUUGGCAUUCAAGCGAAAUUAUUUGGAUUCACAAUCCGAUGAACAAACUCUUGGCCAUUCAGCGUCUGCACGAAGAUUAUCCAAUGUAUCGGAAAUAAUGUCAAGCCAGGAAAAACUGCGGACACCACAUAAUGCUGGAAGGGGAGGCUCUAAGAAGCUACGACUCUCCGAAUCUGUGGCAAGCUCUGUGGCAUCAAAUUUGCAUCGUUUGGGUCAAAAUCCACAAGGCGUUUUAGAUUUAUCGAAAAUCAUCCUAACUGAUGAUUACUUUAGUGACGUGAAUCCCAGAAGUAUGCGCCGAUUAAUGAAUGUAAUUUACAUUACAGUUCGUCUCUUGAAAGCAUUCCAAAUAGAGUUUAGUUGGUACCGAUUAAGUUCAUGGAUUAAUUUGACUGAACAGUGGCCAAUGAGAGCAAGUAUGAUAGUGUUACAGCACGAGCAGAGUGGCGAUAGUUUAGAGGAUACCGUGUCUCUUCAAGCAGUAUAUGACAAAGUUCGCCAAAAAAUUCCAUAUUUACGUGAAGCAGCUCCACUGCUGGAAUUAGAUCGCGAUGAACGGAAACUUGAUGCUUUUCUUCAACUUCACAAAUCCGAUCUAUUGGUUGCAGAUUUAAGAAUAUUUCUACCUUUUACUAUUAAUUUAGAUCCUUAUCUAAGGAAAGUUUUGAAAGAGGAUCAACAAGCUUUUGAAGAUGAAGGAGGUAUUGUGAUACAACCAAAGCAAGGUCUUCCACCGAUUCGUAUACCACAAAACCCAACAUCGCCCCCACAAUUGAUCGCUCCUUACCCACAAAUUCAAUAUCCUUAUGAUCCAUUCUAUUAUCCCGCUGCGACGGCGGCAUUGAGCAACCAAAGUUCCGAGUCUCUGAGAAGAAGAAAAGUUCAACAAGCCAAUGAGGCUAUGUUCUCAUCUACACCAGCAACACCAGGGAGUGAGAAUGCAUUUCCGGAGGAUAUUCUUCAAAUGCAUUUAUCUGAGCUAAGUACAGAUGGUGUGAUAGCUUUAAUAGAAAGAAUUGAAGACUUGAAACCAACAUUGCCAAAAUUAGAGCCUAUUUUACGGCAAAACGCCAUCAAUGGUAGAGUUUUGAAACAUUGCGAUAUAAAUGAUUUGAAAAAUGUCCUGGAAUUAUCCUUCGGCCAUUGGGAACUAUUCCGGCUGCUUAUUACAGCACUUCGCAAUUCUGAAAAAGCCCAAAGUAAAGUGCGAUACAACCCAGAACCACCGGCAGUUGAUAUUUCUGAUAGUAUAAGUGUUCCGGUAACGCAUAGCCGAAAGAAUUCCAGUCAGAUGGAGAAACAGCCCAAAAUUCAUGAUUACGAAUAUAUCCAGGUUACAUUGGAGGAACAAAUGAUUUGCGGUGCAUUGCAAACAUUAAACGAAGACGCAUACGAAGACGUUGCAAUCAGUGAAAGAGCCAGUCCUUCUGGAUUGCCAACAGACCUUGAACUAGCUUUGCCUGGCACAUCAAUUACAAAUCCAACGGUAACGACUUUAUCUGCUCCCUUAGCGACUACAAAUCGUCCGCCGGAAUCAAUUUUGAAACCUUCAGGAAGCAUUAAGACUGAUAAGCGCGUUUCUAUCAAACCUAAUAAUAAUGUGGCGCAUAUGGAAUUGGUGUGUGAGAAGAGGAACCGUUCAGUAUCAGCAUCAGGGCCUAGACCAGCGUCCUUAAUUCUAACUCGUGGUGUCGACCACCCACAUUUCAAGCUUGUGCGAUCAUCUUCCGUCGAUUAUGAUGACGGCGUUGAUUCGCAACCACUCAAAAGUGAUGAGGAUGAGUCUUCUCCAUUAGUAUUCACGACAAACAAAUGAUAGUAGAAAAUUGCCAGUAUAGAGGAAUUGCAGAUAGAAUAUCCAAAGUUGUAUUACUCUAUUCAUCUAAGUAGAAUCGUUUAGAUUCGUUAUAAAAGUGUUACUUACUAGGUGCACCCAAUUAAGUACUUAUUUAUAUUAUAAUAAAUAUAUAGCUAUAUUUUUUCAA